UCUAUUGAGUUGCUGGAGUGGACAUGGUCUUACUCCACCGCCAAAGCUAUACUUCUUCUCUUUCUUUUGCUUUUUUCUCUUUUUCACUUUUUCGUUUUUUUUUUUUCAACUAAAAAUUAGUUAAGGGGUAAUAUCUCCGGUCAUGGAUCUCAAGCGGAGACAGUGGUUCUUGUCGGUUAUUUUGCUUUCGGCGGCGUUGCUAAUUGGACCGCAGUUUUCGUCGGCGGCGGCGACGACUCCGGUAUUUGAAGUUCGAAGCAAGUUCGCCGGAAAAAGAGAAAAAGAUCUUGGAGCUCUCAAAGCUCACGACGUCCACCGUCACUCAAGGCUUCUCUCCGCCAUCGAUCUACCUCUCGGCGGCGAUAGCCAGCCUGAGUCUAUUGGUUUAUACUUUGCUAAAAUCGGAUUAGGAACUCCAUCAAGAGACUUUCAUGUCCAAGUUGAUACAGGAAGUGAUAUCUUAUGGGUGAAUUGUGCUGGUUGCAUCCGAUGUCCUAGGAAAAGUGAUCUGGUAGAGCUGACACCUUAUGAUGCGGAUGCUUCGUCCACUGCCAAAUCUGUUUCCUGCGAUGACAGCUUCUGCUCUUACGUUAACCAAAGAUCUGAGUGUCACGCAGGCUCUACUUGUCAAUAUGUUAUCAUGUACGGAGAUGGGAGCUCUACUAAUGGAUACUUGGUCAGGGAUGUUGUGCAUUUGGAUUUAGUUACUGGAAAUCGUCAAACCGGUUCCACCAACGGAACUAUUAUCUUCGGAUGUGGGUCUAAACAGUCUGGUCAACUUGGUGAAUCCCAAGCUGCAGUUGAUGGGAUAAUGGGGUUUGGACAAUCAAAUUCAUCGUUUAUAUCGCAGCUAGCUUCGCAAAGAAAGGUCAAAAGGUCUUUUGCACAUUGUUUGGAUAAUAACAGUGGAGGCGGUAUCUUCGCCAUUGGAGAAGUUGUGUCACCUAAAGUAAAGACUACUCCUAUGCUCUCUAAAUCAGCUCACUAUAGUGUCAACCUCAAUGCAAUUGAAGUUGGUAAUUUAGUUUUACAACUUUCUUCGGAUGCGUUUAAUUCGGGAGAUGACAAAGGAGUUAUUGUUGAUAGUGGUACAACUCUGGUGUAUCUUCCUGAAGCUGUUUAUAAGCCGUUAAUGAAUGAGAUAUUGGCUUCACAUCCGGAGCUUAGUUUGCAUACAGUUCAAGAUUCGUUUACUUGUUUCCAUUAUAUAGACAAAUUAGAUCGGUUCCCAACUGUCACUUUCCAGUUCGACAAGUCUCUUUCAUUGGCUGUUUAUCCUCGGGAGUAUCUAUUCCAAGUUAGAGAAGACACAUGGUGUUUUGGUUGGCAAAACGGUGGAUUGCAGACUAAAGGAGGAGAAGAAUUAACAAUUCUUGGAGACAUGGCCCUCUCUAACAAGUUAGUUGUCUACGAUAUCGAAAACCAAGUCAUUGGAUGGACCAAUCACAACUGCUCAGGAGAAAUACAAGUAAAGGAUGAAGAAAGUGGAGCAAUCUACACAGUUGGUGCACACAACCUCUCAUGGUCGUCUUCUUUAGCUAUUACAAGACUUCUUACACUUGUUUCUCUCUUAAUUCCUUUCUUAUGUAACAUGGCUUUAUAGUUUCAGAUAAAACCCUCUUUGGAACAAAGUUUGUUCCUUCUGUCGUUAAUCAUUUAAGGAUCUGAAACCCCAUUUGUUUUUUUUAAAAUGGCAUUUUCAUUUAUUCUGAGA